AUGAUGGACUGGCUGGUGGAACGAGGAGUCACGGGGCUGACUCCAGAUUCCCCCUUACAGAUCGUGGUGGGGAAGCCACGUGGAAACCGCGGGUUAUCGCGUACAAGACGCGGUCUUUCCGUGGUAGCAGCGCGCGAUCUAGUCGAAGGGGAAACGCUCUUCUCCCUGCCCCCCUCCGCCUUCAUCUCCCCGGAGCAGCCCAUCACUCUCCCCCACCCCUACCCGCUCACGCCCGACGUCUCGCCUCUCUCCGGCUGGACGGCCUUCUCCAUCCUAGCCGCCUGGAUUCUGAGGGAGAAGCGCAAGGUGGAGAGCGGUGAGGGGUCGCAGUGGGGCGUGUAUGUGCAGUCGCUGCCUGAAUACGUGCCGCUGCCGGUGUUUUUUCCGGAUGAGCUGAUACAGGAGUUUGAAGAGCAGAGCAUGAUCGACCAUUCGGAGUACGAGCGGUGUGACAAGGCGGCUAUCAGCAAUGCAAGUGAGGAGGAGUUCAUGUGGGCUGUGGCUGUCGUGUCCUCUCGUGCCUUCAGCAAAACAGCCAGCAGCAUUGGAGGCAACAACACUGGAAACAGCAGCAACUGCAGCUACGGUAACAGCAGCGAAGAUAACAGCAGCGACAGCAACAGUAAUAGCAGCGAUGACAGCGGGAGCAGCAGCAGCAGUGCCAAGAGCUGCAGCAGCGGUGGCGACAGCAGAAGCAGCGGGUCCAGCGAGCCACAGUAUGUGACGGCGCUGUUCCCCUUGGCAGAGCUGUUCGACCACCAAGCCACCAACACCAUGGGCUGGCAGACGGACGAGCAGACCAACACCAUCGUCGUCCGGAGCUACGCCGCCCUGCCAGCCGGCAGCCAGCUGUACAACAGCUACGGGACAAAAAGCACCGACAUGUUCCUGCAGGCGUACGGCUUCGUGCCGUCCGACAACCCGCACGACUCGUUCCCCCUCACUUCCUCUGAGGCCGAUCUCGCAGAAAUUUACUACAAGCACUAUGCGAAUGUGACUGUAAAGGAGGGGAGAAAGGGCAUGUUUGACCUUUGGGCGGAGUACCUUUUAAGGAGGACGAGCGAGGAUGUGAGGGCAGCAAAAGAGAAGGUGGAGGAGGAGGUGGGGGUGAUUGGCGGGCCCAAAGCAGAUGUGUUUGAGGAGGGCAGCGCGCAUGCGGUGUGGGCAGGAGGCCAGGUGGACCCGCGCAUGCUCCUCUUCCUCGCGUCGCUCUGGCACGUGUUUGGCUACGGGGAAGAGCCCAAUUAUUCAGGCUUGGCCCAAGCCUCAGUGUGGUUCGGCUGGCAUAUCUACAGUGGAACGUGUGCUGACAUGGCCCAAUCCAUAGGCUUGACGGACCAUGAGCUCACGAGCCUCCUCGCCGGAGCUGAUCUGGUUCGGGAUGAGGUUCGGCAGGCCCUGGCGAUCUGGUCCACACCUAUCAACGAGGAUCGGCGACGCCUGAAGCAGCUUGAGAAAUGCUGGUGGGUGGAUGGGAAGAUCGAAAAGGAAGAUGGAGAGGAAGGAGAGGAAGUGGGAGAAGGUGAGGAAGGGGAAGAGGAGGUGUGCACAAAGGAGGUGGUUCAAACGCUCAUGGAACGGGAGCUGGUGCUACAGUACCGUAUUGCCAAGAAGAAGUUGCUGCAAAAUGUGUAUGAUCGGCUCGAGGAGGGGUGCUCCUCUCUCCUGCAGUCACAGUCACCCGAAUCAGAUUCUGUAGAGGCGCCUUCAGAAAAGUCGAACGGAAUGUUACCAGAGCUGACUGUGCCCGCUCCACCUUUGCCUGCAGAGCAGCAUGAGGAGCUCUAG